AGUUCUUGGUGUGCAGCCUUCCCGAAGAUGGAGAGAGGCGCACUCACGUAGGUCUCCCGUCAACGUGGAUACUCUGCUUCUCUCGUAGAACUGAACGACUGGCUUCGCUCCCUCGGCGCUCGGAGAAGUUAACAAAUCACUUUUAGUAUUUUUCAACGUUUUAUAUCCUCUCUCUAUUGAGGUUUUUUGUUCCACGGGCCCUGCGGAGUUGCGCUGCUCGAAUGUUAGGGUAAUGGUUGUGCUAUGCACAUCCGGGCUACAAUGCCGUGACUCCAUUACUCCCCAUUCACUGUAAAACUAGAAACCAGGGGGGCCGGGUGGCUUAUUUCACCAAGAUUUAUGAUUUGUAAACAUUUUUGAUACGUUUUUCAUCAAGCUGGAACACAAAGGGACAUGUCUAAUCAAGGGGUGAGGAGAAAUGGCCCAGUGAAACUGCGGUUGACAGUCCUUUGUGCGAAGAACUUGUGCAAGAAAGACUUCUUCCGCCUCCCUGACCCAUUCGCCAAGGUGGUUGUGGACGGCUCGGGACAAUGCCACUCAACGGACACAGUCAGAAACACACUGGACCCCAAAUGGAACCAACAUUAUGACCUAUAUAUUGGCAAGUCGGACUCCAUCACCAUCAGCGUGUGGAACCACAAGAAGAUCCACAAGAAGCAGGGGGCGGGCUUCCUGGGCUGCGUACGCCUGCUCUCCAACGCCAUCAACCGCCUCAAAGACACUGGCUAUCACAGACUCGACCUCAACAAGUUGGGCCCUAAUGACAACGAGACUGUGAGGGGGCAGAUUGUGGUGAGCCUGCAGUCUCGUGACCGUAUCGGCACAGGAGGCCCAGUGGUGGACUGCAGCCGGCUAUUCGACAAUGACUUACCAGACGGCUGGGAGGAGAGAAGAACGGUGUCCGGCCGGAUCCAGUACCUCAACCACAUAACACGCACCACCCAGUGGGAGAGGCCUACUAGGCCUGCUUCGGAGUACUCGAGUCCCGCUGGUCGCCCGCUGAGCUGCCUGGUGGAUGAGAACACGCCCGUGCCCAUCCUAGAGCCCGUGGUGGUGAACGGGCCGCUGGUGAACGGGGCGUCGAGCGGACAGAGCCAGGGGCAGAACCAGAGCCAGGGGCAAAACCAGGGGCAGGGGCAAAACCAGAGCCAGAGCCAGGGGCAGCAGGGGCAGCAGAACCAGGGGACGCCCGGCAGCGGUGACCCUCGGGCACAGGAGCGCCGCGUCCGCUCCCAGCGGCAUCGAAACUACAUGAGCCGCACCCACCUGCACAACACCCCCGACCUGCCCGAGGGAUACGAGCAGAGGACGACGCAGCAAGGACAGGUCUACUUUCUGCACACCCAGACGGGCGUCAGCACCUGGCACGACCCCCGCGUACCCAGGGACCUGAGCAACGUGAACUGUGAGGAGUUGGGUCCUCUCCCGCCGGGCUGGGAGAUCCGCAACACCGCCACGGGCCGCGUCUACUUUGUGGACCACAACAACCGCACCACCCAGUUCACCGACCCACGCCUCUCCGCCAACCUCCACCUCGUACUCAACAGUCCGAGCCCCAACGGUCCCAAUGGCUCAUCACGUGUUGGUAUGGAGAGCCAAAACUCUAACCUCAGUCGUCCUCCGCCGUGUAAGGAGCCUCAUCCCCCUCAGCAGGUGCCCGCGGUGCUGGCCCUCUCCCCCGCGGUGCUGGCCCUGUCCCCCGCGGUGCUGUCUCCGGACGACGCCGAGUGCCUGACGGUGCCCAAGUACAAGCGGGACCUGGUGCAGAAGCUGAAGAUCCUCAGACAGGAGCUGUCCCAGCAGCAGCCGCAGGCCGGCCACUGUCGCAUCGAGGUGUCCCGAGAGGAGAUCUUCGAGGAGUCAUAUCGUCAGGUGAUGAAGAUGAGGCCUAAAGACCUGUGGAAGAGACUGAUGGUCAAGUUCAGAGGUGAAGAAGGACUCGACUACGGAGGGGUGGCCAGGGAGUGGCUGUACUUGCUGUCCCAUGAGAUGCUGAAUCCCUACUACGGCCUGUUCCAGUACUCCCGCGACGACAUCUACACGCUGCAGAUCAACCCGGACUCCGCAGUCAACCCUGAGAACUUGUCGUAUUUCCACUUCGUGGGGCGCAUCAUGGGCAUGGCUGUGUUCCACGGCCACUACAUCGACGGCGGCUUCACGCUGCCCUUCUACAAGCAGCUGCUGGGCAAGCCCAUCACGCUGGACGACAUGGAGAGCGUCGACCCCGACCUGCACAACAGCCUCGUCUGGAUCCUGGACAACGACAUCACGGGUGUCCUGGACCACACCUUCUGCGUGGAGCACAACGCGUACGGCGAGAUCAUCCAGCACGAGCUGAAGCCCAACGGCAAGAGCGUCGCCGUCACCGAGGAAACCAAGAAGGAGUACGUCAGGCUGUAUGUGAACUGGCGUUUCCUGCGGGGCAUCGAGGCUCAGUUCCUUGCGCUCCAGAAGGGCUUCAACGAGGUCAUCCCACAGCACCUGCUCAAGGCCUUCGAUGAGAAGGAGCUGGAGCUGAUCGUGUGCGGGCUGGGCAAGAUCGACAUCAACGACUGGAAGUCCAACACGCGCCUGAAGCACUGCACGCCGGACACCAACAUUGUGAAGUGGUUCUGGUGCGCGGUGGAGUCCUACGAUGAGGAGCGCCGCGCUCGCCUGCUGCAGUUUGUCACCGGCUCCUCCAGAGUCCCCCUGCAGGGCUUCAAGGCAUUACAAGGAGCUGCAGGACCUCGCCAGUUCACCAUCCAUCAGAUAGAUGCAAACACCAACAACCUGCCCAAAGCACACACCUGCUUCAACCGGAUCGACAUGCCCCCCUACGAGCACUACGACAAGCUCUACGACAAGCUGCUAACGGCCAUCGAGGAGACGUGCGGCUUCGCUGUGGAGUGACCACACGACACGACACGACGGACACAAACAAGCCAUCUAGCCAUCGAGCGACACGACACGAAGCAGAGCCACACAUAAGAGACACACGAGAGACUCCUCAACAUAGAGAGAGAGAGAGAGAGAGAGAGAAUAUGAAAAGAAGGAGGGAGUGGAUGGUGACUCUGGGCUCUAGAAGCGUGUUCUUUUCCACCACAGGGCUGUCCCCUGUCCCCUGUCCCC